UCAUCCUCUUCCCAUCUAACCUUGACUUUAUUGUAAUGAUCCGAUCAAGCUAUCGUUCUUAUCCAUCGUUGCUACACAUUCCGGUCAUUCGAUGCCAUUCAUGAAGUGGAGCACUGGGGCCUUCGGGCCACUGUGGCUGUGUCAGCCACAAUUUUCUUCAGGAGGUCCACGGAUGGCGAAGAUGAUUGAGUUUGGGUGCGUGGUCUACCAUGGCAUAUAUAUUACGUUGUAGGCUUCAAAGGUCGGAGGCACACAACAACUAUGUCUGAACCAGCACCGUCAAUUUCCGCUCCGCCUUCAUCUCAGCCUGCCACCUUGCAUUUCGAUAACACGCUUGGGGUAACACUCAUUUUCGAGGUCUUGGUGGCGAUACUGUAUGGCAUUAUCAGCGUGCAGAUUUAUACGUACUUCUACGGCAGCCCUCAUGGCAACCGAUUCGUGAAGCGGACCAUAUUAUUUCUGUGGGUACUCGAGAGUCUAUAUGUCGCACUCAACACACGUACGGUGUACUACUUCGCUGUAACAAAUUUCAUGAACCCUCUCGCCUUGACACAAGAUCCAUGGAGUUGGGCGGGCGCUAUGAUUUUGGGUGACCUCAUCGAGAGCACCGUGACAUCCAUCUUUGCAUACAAAAUCUAUAAGCUCAGCAGGAGUAUAUGGCCACUCGUAUUCAUUGUGCCACCUCAAUUCGUCGGCUGGAUGACAUCGAUCGCCAUCGCCGUACUCGAGCGCAAGUUCCCGAGCUUCCAGGUGCUGGGGCAACGAUAUGCUUGGGCUUGGUAUCUUGUGUUCGGUCUCCAGGCUAUCGCCGACUGCGCUAUUGCGAUCACACUCUGCACGAUACUCACCAAAAGUCGCACGGGAUUCAGACGGACCGAAUCGCUCAUUCGCACACUUGUCGUUUACAGUAUCAGCACAAGUGCACUCACUAGCUCUGUGUCUGUCGCUUCUGUUAUUAUAUACGCCACGAUGCCGCACAACUUCGUAUUCAUCAACCUAGGCAUAUUGCUACCAAUGUUGAUGUCAAACUCCCUACUCGCGCUGCUCAACUCACGCGAUGUGCUGCACAACAUACAUGGACAAGUCAUGUCCAUCCACCUCUCAAAGAUCACGGAAGUCGACAGCCACUCUGCUCCGCCGAACAAGAAACAGACGACGCAUGCCCAUAUCAAUGUCGUCAAGGGUCAUGAGAUUGCCGAAUUCCCUGCGACGGCUGACGCCUUGAACGGCUCGUUCGACUCGGAGUCGCAACGUGCAAGAGUUGCCAUGAUGUGAAUCCUCCAGCAGACAAAUUUGGAUGGGAGCGUUCUGGUUUGUCGUUCUGGUUCAUUCAUUUGUAUCCAUGGCACGCGAGGCGCAAGCUCAGGACGACGUGGAUAGAUUUGGUCAUAUCAGGUUAACACUCAGCCGCUUCACGCUUCAUACGGUAUCGCUGCCGCCAAAUUCUCUGCGACUCGCGUGUUCUCCGGACGUGUUGUUUUGCUGGCAGUAAGACAUUAAUUAUAUUUGC